AUGAGCGUCGAGUCAAACUCAAUCACUCUCUUUGUCCUCGACAUCUCCUCCCGCAUGGGAGAAACUCGUCAAGUCGAGGACCGCAUCGUAACCGAAAAUCAGACCAUCGAAACACGUACUCGAUCCACAACACACUUGCAAUGGGUAUGCGGAUUCGUCUCGACCCGUAUCGCAGAGAUCAUAUUGCGUGGUCUCAAGACGACGCGUGUAGGGAUCAUCACUUAUGGCUCGCCACGCACCAAUAACUCGAUUCCCGAUACAGACGACUACAAGGGUAUUGACGAGAUCUUUUGGCCAGCCUUGCCGACGUUGGAUACCUUGGAUCUGGUGCAGAGCUUGAGGGCCGUUCAUCCGGAUCAGAUCGCGCCGCCAGCUGAUCCGCUUGCUGCGUUGGUGGAUGCGAUACAGCUCUCCUCUGAACCGCGCAAGGGAGGAAUUAAGCCCUCUCAGAAGAAUACCUGGAAGCGAACCGUCUACCUUGUCACCCAUGGUCACGCUGCUUUUGCUCAUGAUGGCGAGGCGGCGAUUCGGAAUAAGCUCAUUGACGAUAAUAUCAGCUUAAGGCUGCUUGGUGUUGAUUUUGACCAUCUGGAAUCAGGUGCAAAACUACAAGGCAAGGUCAAGGUCAAGCAGAAGAACGAGCUAUUCUGGCAAUACCUUCUAUCCCAAAUCCCCACAGCAGGAUUCGCAACCGCUGCAUCAGCAAUCGAGCAAUCAGCAAUGCCCAACCUUCAAGUUACGAAACCAGCACCCCAAAAGACAGUGCUCAGCUUCGGCGAUCCCAACGAUCUCUCCUCCAACAGCGCUUUCCAAAUCCCCAUCGGUCUAUACAAGAUGACCGAUGUAGCGCGGCCCAUGGCCCAAAGCAAGAUCUCCAAACUAGCCCAACAAAGUUCCGAUGCAGCUAGAGAGCGAGAACGCCAAGAAUCACGACGCAACCAUCUCAAUCCAACCUCAACCCCAACUAUGCUCAAAAGGGAAGAGGAAGAACGCGAAUCUUGCCUCGUCUACCGCGCAGAUCUCAAAAGAGAAUACUUCCUCCUUGACCAACUCGUAUCGGCCGCAAACGCUCAUAAAGAACCUCAACCACUCCCACCCAAUUCAGACGAAAACUUCACCCGUGCUUGGAAGCUAGGUGCCAGCCUCAUCCCUGUCCCCGAAGAAUCCUUCGGUUCGCUUGACACGCAUAAGAGCAUGCAGAUCUUGCAUUUCUUCAACGCCUCUGCCUAUCGGAGGGAGUACAAUAUGGAUCAGAUCUGGUACGUGUUUGCUGACCAUGCGCAGGUGAAAGCUCAACUUCAGUUAAGUACUCUCGUCCGAGCCAUGGCUGAGAUGGAUGUUCUGGCGGUGGUUAGGUUGGUGCGCAAAGACGGAGCAGAACCAGAACUAGGCGUGAUUAAACCCAAGGUGGAAAAGCAUAAUGAGUAUUUCUUUUACUCCAAAGCUCCCUUUAGAGAAGAUCUGCGCCGCUUCCCAUUCCCUCCUCUCGAUCGAGUCAUUACUACAGAUGGCACAGAGAUUCGAAUUGCCCCCACAAUCCCAGACGAACAAGACCAAGAGGCGAUGGAUGCAUUCAUUGACAGUCUCGAAUUGCCAGGAGAGUGGUAUGAUGUGUUGCAAUCCUACAACCCCGCCAUUCACGGAUUGAAAACUGCCGUCAGGCACAGGUUUAUCCAUCCAGAUGCAAAACAUUUACCCGCACCGCAUCCAGAGUUGGUCAAGUACUUGGAGGCCCCCUAUGAGGUUAGCAAGGCGGCAAGCGAUGCAGCGCGCAAGUGUAGGCAGAGGUUUAGCAUCGCAUAUCUUCCACCGAGGGGAAAUGCAGAUCGGAAGAAGAGAACACUCAAUGCUAUGGCCGAUGAUGCCCAUGAGCAGCGCACAACCGCCGAGGAGGGGGAAUCGAGCAAAGUGGCACGCUUCCAACCUCUCAGUACCCGUGAGAACAGAAAGAUUCUUCUAAACGAUGAUGAUUCUGCUACUGAGGACGAAGGUGAUUCUGGCCCCACACCAGAAACUAGCACGAAGACGGAGCAAACUUGGCAAACGUCUUCCACGCCAGCCUCGAAAACGUUGCGGUUGGCAGACCCGGUAGAACAUUUCAACUCUCUGGUCGAGAAGGACGACGUCACUCGGGCUAUGCUCUUGCUUCAGUCGACUAUCAACCAUUCCCUGGCGCAGAAGCACUACGAGAAGGUAGCAGACUGUAUCAAGGCAGGUAAAAAAGUAGCACAGCAAUACGAAGAAGCUAUCAAUUGGAACAGCUUCCUUCGUGUCCUCAAGAAAACUCUCCUAGCACAACAUAGACAGUUCUGGCAAGACACAGUCAAGGGUAACUUGCACUAUGGUUUGGUCACACAGUUCCAGGAUGAGGCGCGACAGUCAGAUGUCACUCUCCAUGAUGCGAACGAGUUUGUACAUUCUGACCAUGUUUGA